AGAAUUCGUCUUCCCUUUUUUCCUAUUACUCUACUGCCACAUUACUCGUACCUUUCGUAGGAGGAUUCCACCGAAAAGGCCGUUUGCGUGCUAGAGCGGAAGGGGCACGAUUUUUGGAACAUGUUGGUAUCUUCUGGAAGGAAAAUCAGUUUUCGUAAACGCAAGAAGGGACGUUCUGUUCACCGAUGCACAGCGACCUUAAAAACARGGCAACCACCACCAUGGGGUCGACGCACAUCGAUCCAAGAAAUACCAAAAUGAUUGAUGACUACAGAGCAACCGAAGAUGACGACCAAACAACGCAAACAGAGGCUGCCUUGCCGGUGGCUAUGAACCUGCACAACCCCAUCGAGAGCGAAAACAGUAGGGGCAAAACGAUCGUUGGUAACGGUGACUCUGAUGUCGAUGGUGGGGUCUCUGUGAAGAAUCGAUCCGCUCCUUUUAGCGAGCACCCCCGUACGUUUCUCGGCUGCCCCUUGUUCGCACUGGCAGCGGCUGCGGCAGCCAAGGAAGAAAGCUGCAAACCCGACGCCGGGGAGACAUCUCAUUCGGAGGAACUAAGCAGUGCAUCCUCGUCCCAACCAGAGAGCGAAAUACUCCAGGAUCAUCCCUUGCCUUCGAAGACUAGUGUCAAGGAGAAGAACAAGAUCACAGUCCAGAGCAAAAAGAAGUUCUCUUUUCCUUUCAAGAAGAGGAACGUGUUCAAGACCAAGCUCGGAGACUCCAGAGACGAAGCGCAGCCGGUGCUGAACGUGCGGAUGGUAGAAGCAACAUGGAGAUGGAAUUAUCAAACUCUCGUAAAGUAUCAUUCCAUUCAUGGUAAUUCGAAUGUUCUGCGAUCCGACCCAAACAAGCAACUAUCGGGGUGGGUCAAACGCCAACGGAACAAUCUAAAAGAUGGGAAAUUAUCACCGUGCAAAAUCUUGUUGUUGAACAAACUGGAUUUCGUUUGGAACCGCAUCGAUGGGAAAUGGUACGAGAAAUACCUGCGAUUGGUGGAGUAUCAAAAAAAGUUUGGACACUGCGACGUGAUAACAAAAUUUGAUCGGUCGUUGGCAGAAUGGACCCAGCGUCAACGAAGGGAAUACAAGAACGGACUCACCACCAUGACCGAUGAGCGCAUUAAAAAGUUAGAAGCAUUGCAGGGGUGGAGUUGGGGGAAACUGCGGUUUCGAAAAGAUGGUGUAGGUGGUGCCGACGCUCGAGAUGGUGUUGAUGCCGCCGACACUCGAGCGGACAACCUGCAAUGGUACGAGAAAUACUAUCAAUUAGUGGAAUACCAAAAGAAAUUUGGGAACUGUGACGUAACACAGGGAUCCGAAGCAUCUUUGGCAACUUGGGUCCAGAAUCAACGUAGGGAGUACAAGAGCGCAAAUGGAACCAUGGAGGGGGAGCGAAUCAAAAAAUUAGAAGCAUUACAGGGGUGGAGUUGGGAGCUCACCAAAGAAGAWACAAAAAUGGUUUAUAGUACCGCUACUCCUCGUGUGGACCGGGAGAUCAACCACCACGGCGCCUUUUAAAUCGUAAAAUUUCCUAUUCCCCGUUCCACCCUACAAAUACGAUAGAAAUACCAAGUGCCAACGAAAGCCCAGUGUCAAGAAAUCUGUUUCGGCACUGAAGGGGCCUCGAGAGAGAAACAUGUGGCGACGUCGUUCGGGGUUCAAAAGAACGACGCUUCCAAUAACCAGAGAUUUAUCCAGAGUGUCACCGAGACGUGUUUUCAUAUCGUCUCGUUGUAAAGGACACAAUACGGUAUCCAUUUUAAAACAGUUUUGGGACGUUUGGGGACGACUUACUGAUUAAAAGUUAAACUCUGAU